AUGAGAUUAUAUACAAUGGCGCUGUCCAUGGUGCUCACCAUCAUCCUUACGCUGGCUCUCUCCGCUCUCCCCGUCUGGGCGCAGAAUGACACAGAACCCAUCGUACUGGAAGGAAAAUGCUUGGUAGUUUGCGAUUCCAACCCAGCGACCGAUUCUAAGGGAUCCUCUUCUUCUCCUCUGGGGAUCUCUGUACGGGCUGCUAAUUCUAAGGUCGCUUUCUCAGCAGUCAGGAGUACCAACCACGAGCCUUCUGAGAUGAGCAACAAAACCAGGAUAAUCUAUUUUGAUCAGAUCCUAGUAAAUGUGGGCAAUUUCUUUACAUUGGAGUCUGUGUUUGUAGCACCGAGAAAAGGAAUAUACAGUUUUAAUUUUCAUGUAAUUAAAGUCUACCAGAGCCAAACAAUUCAGGUGAACUUGAUGCUUAAUGGGAAACCAGUCAUUUCAGCUUUUGCUGGGGACAAAGAUGUCACUCGUGAAGCUGCCACAAAUGGAGUCCUACUCUACCUAGACAAGGAAGACAAGGUCUACCUUAAACUGGAGAAAGGCAACCUGGUUGGCGGAUGGCAGUAUUCUACGUUCUCUGGUUUCCUGGUCUUUCCCCUGUAAGAUCAAUCGCCU